AUGGCUUUUUUGAGUCAGCACUUGCGCGAGCUGCAGGGACCUUUGCUCCCAGCCAAGGACUUGGUGGAGGAGGACGAUGACUGGCUGAAGGAGGACGUGGCGGGGGAUGAAGACGUGGAGUUUGUCGAUGCCGAGGAGCUGUGCAGUGGGGGCGUAAAGGCGGGCACCCUCCCUGGGCGCCAACGCGUUGUAAUUUCUGAUGAAAACACUCAAGAGCAAUGUGACGUGUUUGGACGUUUUCCAGUAACGGGUCCUUGGUGGCGAGUGAAGGUGCAAGUGAAACCUGUGGGAUCAAGGAGCUAUCAAGUUCAAGGAUUUCCAUCUUACUUUUUACAGUCUGAUAUGUCACCGCCAAAUCAAACACACAUCUGUUCCCUGUUUCUUAAAGACUGUAAUUUCCCCAGUGAUUAUAUAAAUAAAUUUUUGGCAUGGGUAAGUGCUGUAUCAAGCUUUAAAAACCUCAACUUUGAAAAUCUUAGGGAAACAUUAAGAACUUUCCAAAAGGAAACUGGAAGGAAUGGUCAAAAACAGUCUACACAGAAUGAACAGGAAGAGUCUCUACCAGAAAACAAGAUGUGCCUCCCUGUGGAAAACACAACUCCAUUUAAAAGUGUAAUGACAGCUUUGCAGUUCCCAAAAGUAAUGGAAUUCCUUCCAGUUCUUCUGCCUCGACACUUUAAAUGGCUCUUAAGCUCAGGUUCUAAGGAGGUGUUGGGAGACCUAGAAGAGAUGUUAGGUACACAUCCAUGGAAACUUGGAUUUAGUAAAAUAACCUACACAGAACUGAAGUUUUUGCAGUGUGAGGCGAGUUGGGCAUCAUUUUGUCAGUGCAAGUCUCUUCUCCAGUUGAUGAGUGAUUUGGAGAAGAAUGCAUUAAUAAUAUAUUCGGAACUGAGGCACAUAUGUCGAGACCAAGGGCACACGUGCAUUGAAGAAGCUGACUUAACUUCUAAGUUGUCAGACCAUAUGUCCUUCCAAGAUGCUUGGCAGUCUCUGAAGUUUUUAAAGGACAUCGGUGUGGUGACAUACGAGAAGGGCUGUGUCUUUCUUUAUGACCUUUACCAGGCUGAGCGAGGCAUUGCCUCUUCAAUAUGUGACCUGAUGACGAGGCCUCCGUGGCAUUUACAUGUCGAUGUCAAGAGGGUGCUUGCGUUAAUUCACACCACAAAACCUGAGAAUUCAGAAAGUGACGAGACACUGAAUGAAAGUCAACCGGAUGAAACGGGUUUAGAAAAUCCUGUGGCUGUUCUGGACCGGCAGGACAGUGGUGACCAUGUUUGGAGUAACGGUGAAAGUGAAGUGAAUGUAGAAAUAAGUGAAGCUCACCUGGAUCAGGAUCAGGUGGCUGCUUUGGAAAUGGUUUGCUCCAACGCCGUGACGGUCAUCAGUGGGAAAGGCGGUUGUGGGAAGACCACCAUUGUUAGCCAUCUUUUUAAGCAUAUGGAGCAGUUGGAAGAAAGAGAGGUAAAAAAAGCUUGUGAGGAUUUUGAACAAGACCAGGAUGUCUCAGAAGAAUGGAUCACCUUUACCGAGCAAAGCCUCCCGAAGGCAGACAAGGCGAUAGAGGUGUUACUGACAGCACCAACGGGGAAAGCGGCUGGCUUAUUGCGAGAGAAAACUGGUUUUAACGCUUAUACGCUGUGUCAGGUCAAUUAUAGCUUUUAUUUAUGGGAGAAAAAAAGCCUAGCCAAUAACCGUCCAUGGAAAUUUUCUUCAGUUAGAGUUCUGGUUGUGGAUGAAGGGAGUUUGGUAUCUGUCAGAAUCUUCAAGUCGGUUUUAAAGUUAUUGUGUGAGCACUCCAGACUUUCUAAGCUUAUUAUCCUUGGUGAUAUUAGACAGUUGCCCAGCAUCGAACCUGGUAACUUGCUGAUAGAUCUUUUUGAGACUCUUAAGUCAAGAAAUUGUGCUAUUGAACUAAAGAAAAACCAUAGAGCAGAAUCUGAGCUAAUUGUCAACAAUGCCACAAGAAUCUCAAGACGCCAAUUUCCAAUAUUUGAUGCAGAGCUGAAUAUCUCUGAUGAGCUAACACUCCCUGCCUCAAUACAAGAUAAAACAUUUAUUUUUAUCAGACUCCCAAAAGAGGAUGCCAGCUCUCAGUUAUCGGAAAAUGAUCCUCACUCUUAUUUAUAUUCUGCAGUUAGAACCGUACUCAAAGAAAAUGACCUACAAGAUGCACAAACAUCCCAGUUUAUUGCCUUUAGAAGGCAAGACUGUGACGUCAUCAACGCCUGCUGUUGCAAGCACUACACGGGCCACCUAAUCAAAGACCAUCGGAAUAGACUUCAGUUCGGAGUUGGUGAUAAAAUUUGUUGUACCAGGAAUGCAUAUCUCUCAGAGUUACUCCCUGGACGUACCUCUCCCAGUCAGGAAAGUAAUGAACGAGAGGCCAGUGGUGAAGACUUUAAUGGUACUCCUCAUGGUUUUGCUAAAAAUAAGCAUGACUUUGAAAAUGAUAUUCGACUCUGCAAUGGAGAAAUAUUUUUUAUAACAAAGGAUGUCACUGAUGUAACUUUUGGAAAGAGAAGAUCUUUGACCAUUAAUAAUGCAGCUGGCUUGGAAAUAACGGUGGACUUUGAAAAACUAGUGAAAUAUUGUCACAUAAAACAUGCAUGGGCAAGAACUAUCCACACUUUUCAGGGGUCUGAGGAGAAGACGGUGGUGUACGUGGUUGGGAAGGCGGGCCGCCAACACUGGCAGCACGUCUACACCGCAGUGACCAGGGGCCGCUGCAGAGUGUAUGUCAUCGCUGAAGAGUCUCACCUCCGGAGCGCAAUUACGAGGAACAGUGUUCUCAGAAAAACUCGCUUAAAACAUUUUUUGCAAAACAAGCUCUCCACGAGCUGGGUGUCUCCAGCAGACCUUGCCUCCCUGUCCAGGAGCUCUGGAGAGAGCAGAGGACUGAGCACACAGCCCUCAGCAUCCUCAGUCUCUCCAGUCACAACCACCAGUGUGACCGCCGGUGUCCCUGGAAGCGGGGCCUGUGCGGCUGACGACAGGACGUUCACCUUUCCUGAAGGAUGGAAGUUGUCUUCAUCCGAUGAAGUGGAUCCAGAGGAAGAUCCAUCAGAACUUCGUGGGUCCAAAAGAGCCUGUGGCCUGAGUGGUGCUGAAAGUCCAAGCAAAAUCCGGAUGGUGGAAGAAGCCUCCCCACAAGUGUCUUCCAGACUUCAGAAUUUGAGACUAAAUCAUUUAACCCCCAGGCAACUUUUCACACCCACAAAUAAUCAAGAAACUUAAUUGUUUCCGAUUGCUCAAAGUAAUUACCUCUCUCUUUUUUCCUACUCAACACAAAAUGAACAUCAUAGCUUCAAACUCUCAAGAUAUAAAACAGGAUGUCUGUGACUGGAGUUUUAUUUUAAGGUGUUCAUGUUAGCAUAUAUUUUAAACUCAUUUGAUCGGAGAAAACUAUAAUGAUCUCAACAUCUGUCAUCAUGACUGGUAGCAUUGGACAUAAAUGCAGGCAAAAUCUGUUGUUUUUUGUUUUGUUUUUUUUAAACUCUGUACUUUAGAAAGUGUUUUAUUUUUACAAUAAUGCCUUUAUUGACUCCAUGAUCACUGUGGGUGCUCUUUGCCAAUGGUUUGAAGCCAUGGUCAAGAGAAACUGCAGUUACACCUCCUGUAUUAUUGACACACAUUUCAGGAUGUUGGGUCUUCUGCCAGUUGUUCAGCUUGCAACAUUGCUGCUCGCUCCAUCACUGUUGGCCGGACCCACUUCACCCGGAACUGUUUUCCUAGAAAUUAUCUUCUGAGCUGGGAGUACGUUUUUUUUUCUUAAUUGGAGAUAUAAUUGACAUAUAACACGAAGUUGAAGGUGUACUGCAUGUUGAUUUGAUACAUUUAUAUAGUCCCUGUGAUUACUAGGUGAGCUAAUUGCAUUAGCUAACACCUCCAUCAUGUCACAUAAUUGUCAUUGCUUUUAGGAAUACGUUGUUUUGAAGAUACUCCACUUGGGAAAAUUAUUUUCUCUCAGAGUGAUUUUUAUUUUAUUUUAUUUUUUAGAGUUUUAUUUCUUGUUAAAUGGUAAAAGAAAAAGGUAAGAAAAAAAUUUACCUGUUAUCCCAGUAUUUGAAAAAUAGCCCCACUGAGCUAUAACUUACAUACAAUUCACCCAUUUCAAGUGUACAACUCAGUGGCUUUUGGUAUAUUCACAGAGUUGUGCUAGUACCACCACAGUGGGUUUUGAACAUUUUUAUCACCACCGCCUCCAAGAAUCCCUGUACGUCUUGGCUCUGAUCCUCUCACCCCCUCCAGCCCCGGGCAACUACUGAUUUAUUUUGUCCCUAUUGAUUUCCCUGUUCCAGACACUUCACAUAUAAAUGGAAUCAUACGAUACAUGAUCCUUUGUGACUGACUUCUUUAACUUAGCAGAAUGAUUUCAGACUUUCUCUUGUGGUAUGUAUCAGUGCUUCACCUCUCUCUCUCUCUCUCUCUCUUUUUAAAGAUUAAAAAAUGUAAUGUACAAAGAACUAGCAUUGUUCCUUUUAUUGGGUAGAUGUCUUGGAGAAUCCACGCAAGGAGUCUCACUCAGUCUAACCUGACGAAGCCUACAUCCUUAGUGGACUGAUGGGAAGACUGGCAGCAUCUCUGGAGGCUGUAUCUGUGGAUCAGACCAUGUCGGUUUGAGCUGAUGGGGCAGAAAUCAGGAACCCUGGCUGAAUUCUUGCGGGUAGCUCCAGCAGAGCAGCUGCUGACCUCUCUUGCUCUCAUUAGUGCAAUGUAGGCAAAAGACCUUCAUCUCCUUUCAUUACCAAAUAACACUAUAUUAUGUGGAUAUAGCACUUUGAAUUUCUCUGUUCAUCAGCUGAAGGACAUU